AUGGAGGAGUAUCUACGAAGCCAGCCCAUCCCGGAGUAUUCUGACGAGGAGGGCAUCAGCAUGCCACUCGACGACCUGGGCGAGAUCUCUGGCACGGACACUAGUGUUGAGGACGGAGAGAACGGUGACCAAGGCGGUGACCACCAAGAUGAGCCCGAGUUCGACCCCCUUGCCGUCGGUCUGAAGGAGAUUUCAAACCUGGGGAAGUUCACCGUCAGCAGCCACAAGCAGGGAAACGGCGUCGACCAGCUUCGCGACGACAGCUUGAAAACCUAUUGGCAAUCCGACGGUCCUCAGCCGCACAAGCUUACAGUCUACUUCAUCAAGCGAGUUGGCAUCAGAGAUAUUCGCUUUUACGUAGACUAUAAUGAAGAUGAAUCUUAUACGCCAACCAAGAUCAUCUUCAAGUCUGGUACCAGCGAGAACAACCUCAUUCAAUUUGCCACAAUGGAGCUUUCGACACCCUCUGGCUGGCAGAUUGUUCCAGUCGACGGCGCCGGUGGCGGCCCCGACGGCAAUACGUUGGUUUCCUAUGUGUUCCAAAUGCAGAUACUUGAGAAUCAUCAAAACGGCAAGGAUACGCACCUCCGUUCCAUCAAGAUCUAUGCUGCGGACACGGACACCCCCAGCAUUGAUGCGGACAUGUCAAACCGCGUAAGUUGA